CCAUACACCACUGGAAUAAAACAAGCAAGCAAAACCAGGGGCUCCUAUUCCACAGCUGCGGCGGUCUUUCUGUAUAUAAACCAGCAAAAAUCGAAACUCAGAAAUCAAAAAAUUCAGAGACUUAAGAGAAAAAAUAUGAGUUCUUCAACAAGAGCGUUGAUUGUGGCGGCCAGCGUCGGCGUUGUGGAGGCCCUCAAGGAUCAAGGAAUCUGCCGGUGGAACCAUCUCAUAAGAUCCGCCCACCACUACGCCAAAAGCCAUGUUGGGUCUAUUUCUCAGGCCAAGAAGUUUUCCUCCGCCGUGGCUCCCGCUCCCGGCAAGCAGCUGCAUCAGUCCGAGGAAUCUCUGAGAACGGUCAUGUACCUUAGCUGUUGGGGUCCUAAUAACUGAACCGCCCAGAUUCGCAUUGAGAUUGCGGUUGGACCAGGGGCGGUUCGAGCGAAGUGAAUUCCGAAAAGACAUCGCCGGCCGGUGUUGGAUCAGUCGAGCUAAUAGUAUAUGAUUCAUUUUUUGCCUUUUUCCUCCUCCCUCCAUCAGUUUGUAAUUGUAAUUAAUGGGAGGCUUUGGGUGUCUGAUUCUUUGAAGAAUUGUAAUUUCAAAUUUAAAAAUAAUAGAGAUUAAUUAGAAAAAUAUA